AUGUCAGGACUUGUUACCCCACAUUCUCGUCCAGGAACUCCGUCUGGUUUAGCAACCACCACUGGUGGAAGUAGUAGUGGUGGUGGUGAUCAACAACAGCAGCAACUGCAACCAGAUCAAUCUUCUUUAACACCAUUGUCCGCGUCAACGCAAGGACAUUCCAUUUCGAGGCCCUCGUCUGCAGCAGCAGCAGCAGCAGUAGCAGCUACAGCUACAUCGUCGCACUCGUCAAGUAAACCAUCGGUUCCUUCUUAUGAACGGUCGAUUUAUGAACAAUUUAUGGGAUUGUACAAAAGUUUGCUUGAGAUUAAAAACAAUCGAAAUAAAUAUAUUGAUCUGAAACAAGUAUACUCAAUAUAUGAUACUUUUCUUGAUGCUAUAAAUGAAUUGAAAUUGACAAGAAAGGAUGAAGAAUUGAAAGGAAUGAAGUUGGAUUUACCCAAUAGUAAUGAUUCAAUAAUUGAUGAUAUUUUCCAAUUGUUGAGUUUAUGCUUUGUUACUUGUGGAUUAAUCAAAUUUGCUCCUGCUACUUAUUCAAGUUUGAGUACGGUGAUGAAGUUGUUGACUCACUUGAAAGAAUGUAAAGUUUACACAAUGGCUGAUUUGGAGCCUGUUGGCCAAAGAUUAUCAGAAAUUAGUGAGAUUAUAUUGUCUAGUCAAGAUAAAUAUGCUGCUGAUGAUGAUGAAGAACAACAACAAGGAGGUGCUGAUGGUGGUAAAUUAUCGCAAAAUCAUCAAAUUGAGGAAAAUUUGUUACGUAACAAGUUGAACAAGUGCGAAAAUUUGUUUAAAGAGUUGGUUGAUAAUUUUGAAAAUAUACCUCAUGAUUUAGAACCAAUUUAUCAUGCAUUGAUUGAUUUAAGACAUCAGUUGUUGACUUUUGUUACUGAUUUUAGUGGUCUGGGAGACGAUGACGAUGAAACUAAACGUAAUCAAUUAAAGGAGAAGAUAUCCGGAUUCAAGAAUGAAUUGAAACAAAUUGAAAAAUUACGUGAUGAAUCCGAUGGUAAAUUCCAUAGUCUGGAAGUUCAUGAUGAACAUCAAUUGGAUUCAAUACAGGCAGUGCUUAAUGGAUUGAUUGAUGAUUGUAACAACUUGAUUUCUGAUUUAUUACUCCACGAUGAAGCAUAUACUUUGGAAUCAUUGGAAAUUAGUGAUGAUGCCAGUCCUGAAUUAAAGAAACAGUAUGAUCAAGUAUACAAAAGCUUACAAGAUAUGAAGGCAACAUUGGAGAAUAUCUUGUUGACAAGAAGAUGGACAUUGAGAGAAACAGAUUUAUACAAUUAUCAAAAGACAUUGAAAACAAUUGAUGAUUCAAGAAUCAAAAUCUUUGAUCAAACUCCCAAAGGUACAUACAAAAAGUAUCAAACAUUGAUUUUGUACUUGUUGAGAAAAUGUUAUUCAAUAGUUUACAAAUUAUUGGAGAGUAGUGAACCGGUGAGUGAAAGUUUAGCUCCAAUACAUAAUCAAUUGCAAACGGUCAAGAGAUGCUUAUUGGAGUUGAAACGUGUCGAUGGAUUGAAUAAUUUACGUGAGUUGUAUCCAUUUCAAUUCAAGUUGGCUUCAAUUGACAAUUUAAGAAAAGAUGGGAAAUUUAUUAUCCAUCAAACUGUACCUGAAGGUCAGGGUGCUGUUUGUGCUUUGUUGAGUGAGUGUUUUGAUAUCCUACAAGAAAUGAAGAUUGAUUUGGAAGAGAAGGAAUUGGAAGAUGAGGAUGACGAAGAGGAGGAAGAGGAAGAAGAUGAAAAUGAAGGAGCACAAAAUGCAAAGGGACAAACCAACAAUGACGAAGAAGGUGCAGGCACCAAUAAUGAUCCAACACUGGGUGGAACGACAACCACUACAAAUGGUGCUGCAUCGCCCACAAAAACUGGCAAGGUUGCCAUUAGUGGCAGUUUUACCAAUUCCAAGGAAUCAGGUGAAGGUGGAUUAGGUACAAAUUCUGAAGUUGAUGAUGUUGAAUUAAAGAGAAACCGGUUCAAAGAGUUCAAUGAAGCUGAUUAUGACGUUGAAAGUGAAUCAGCAUUUGGUGGUGAUUAUGAUGACGAUGAUGAUGCUUUGAGUAUAAAUGAUAGUGAAGUUGAAGGUAAUGACUACUAUUGA